UCUCUUUUGCCUGUUGCCAACUUGCACCAGCUUCUUUCUUUCACUUGUUGUAAAACAAUUAUUUUAUUCAAAGAAAAUUAAUGCUUUAUAUCAUAUAAGGAAUAAAAGUUUAGAUUUUCAGGGAAGGACAAAGGAUCUGGGAAUUCUCAGGGAAGGACUUCUUCCGGCUAAUUAUAAAUACCAACUUUUUGCUUGACCUAAUGCGCAACCAACCACUCAAUUUCUAUAUCACUAGAUUUCUUGCUUAAAAUCUGUUGUUUUUCUUGGGUUCUGUUGAGUCUUGAGCUUCUGUUUUGAUUCAGGAUGACUAUCCUCAUUGAUCAACCUGAGUUUGGAGUUGAAGCAGGGUUUAACAAAGUCGAUAAUGUUGAGAAAGGAAUGGUGUUGGAUGGGGGAUUUACGGUGCCACAGACCAACUCUUUUGGCCAUACUUUUAGAGAUUAUCAUGUUGAAAGUGAGAGGCAACAGGGUGUAGAGAACUUCUACCAGACCAAUCAUAUUAACCAGACUUACGACUUUGUCAAGAGAAUGAGAGAAGACUAUGGAAAACUUAACAAGGUGGAAAUGGGCAUAUGGGAAUGCUGUGAACUUCUUAAUGAUGUAGUUGAUGAGAGUGACCCUGACUUGGAUGAGCCUCAGGUCGAACACUUGCUGCAAACAGCUGAGGCCAUCAGAAAGGACUAUCCUGAUGAGGACUGGCUGCACCUGGCAGGCCUUGUCCACGACCUUGGAAAGGUGCUUCUCCAUCCUAGCUUUGGCGGCCUACCCCAGUGGGCUGUUGUAGGUGACACAUAUCCUGUUGGUUGUGCUUUUGACAAAUCAAUUGUUCAUCACAAGUAUUUUGAGAAAAAUCCUGACUUUUAUAACUCUGCUUACAACACUAAAUAUGGAGUGUACUCUGAGGGAUGUGGACUCAACAAUGUGAUGAUGUCAUGGGGACAUGAUGACUACAUGUAUCUGGUCGCCAAAGAGAACAAUACAACACUGCCGCCAGCAGCUCUUUUCAUUAUUAGAUACCAUUCAUUCUAUGCAUUGCAUAGGUCAGAAGCAUACAAGCACCUAAUGAGUGGGGAGGAUGUUGAGAAUUUGAAGUGGCUUCAAAUAUUCAACAAAUACGAUCUUUACAGCAAGAGCAAAGUCCGGAUUGAUGUGGAAACGGUCAAGCCGUACUACCUCUCCCUCAUUGAAAAGUACUUCCCAGCAAAGUUAAGAUGGUGAAUCCUGGCUCUCUCUGACUCACCAGUUUUAUAACUCAGCGUCAGCAUGGAGGGAUGAAGAUGGUCAGUAGCUAGCUAGUUCUUAUAUAAAUAGUUCAUUUGAUGACUUUUCUGAGACGUUGUCGCUGUUGUAUUUAUAUUUCUCAGAUUUUAGGACCCUGUAUAAGAAAUAAUGUUGCAGUUUUGGUUUCAGAAUUUAUCUAUUGCCUUGUAAUAAAAGCUAUGCUAGUUGUUCACAACAACCCCCUCCUAAGUCAGUCUUGUUGUUCCCCAUCUAAAUAAUUAGAUUAAUGAGAUUAUCAUACCAGAGUAAAAGAAUUGUAAUUAA